GGUCAAACGGCGCGCUAUCUUGUACUUGUACUUCUAAGAGACAGAUUUCGUAGGUCCAAUGUUCGAUUCAAACUUGGGGUGAAAGUAGCAUACAUGGCAGCACCACGAGAAAUCCAUCGACAUUGAAGCAAUUUUUGACUUACUAGAUGGCUAAGUGGUCUUUACGCCUCCCGGCUUGGGGUGGAUGUCCAGUAGGUAUGUCAAAGAAGAAGAAAUGCCACAUUCUGCCUUCCUUUUAACUUGCUUCAUCAUCCUAGUUGUUUUUCUGCCACAUGCAGCCUCGCAGACGUGUUUCCCCAGAUGUCAAGCGUCGGAAUAUUGCGGAAACAGCACGGAGGGCGGAGGGCCCACCUGUCUAGCUUGUAAUGUUGCUUGUAACGGAUGUACGGGGCCCGGGCCAGACGCAUGCGUCAAUUGUGCUGACCAGUUCUUCAAAGCUGGCACAACAUGCAGAGGUUGCAAUGUUGCUUGUGAUCGAUGUACAGGAGCUGGUCCUGAGAACUGCGACACGUGUGCAGCUGGAUUUUAUCCUGUAGCUGGGAUAUGUAGAGGUUGUGAGGAUGGAAAAUUCGGAGUGAAUUGUACGGGUACUUGUCAUUGUUUAAAAGGAGUAGAAGACUGCAGAAAAACAGACGGAUUCUGUAAUUCCUUCAUCUGUGAAUGGGGCUGGUCAGGCGUGCCCUUCUGUCAAACGCCCUGUAAACCAAAUUUUUAUGGUAAGAACUGCGUGUAUGAAUGUCACUGCCCCGUGAAUGACACCUGUAGUAACAUCAACGGACUCUGUUCUUCCGGAAAAUGUCACCCGGAAUACACCGGUUCCGGAUGUCAGAAAUUGCGUCCGAAAUUAAGAGACCCCCCUGAGAUUAGUGACAAUGUAUGUGGCAAUAUGACCGUGACCUUCCACGAGUGGGUGAAGGACCUUGACAUAGGGGAUGGUCCCGUGGGAGAGUACAGACUGGAAGUUCGUGAAUUUAACUCUUCGGGUAGUUGGACUUUGGUAAAAAGUUACAGAAGUUUGCCUUCGGCCAGUAUUUCGGAGACCUUUUCUGGCCUCGAUGUGGAUUCUCUGUAUAGCUUCCGGGUCACCCUCGUUAUGAGUGACGAAGAUGGAAAAUUAAUGACAGACGUGGCUCCGGGGUUUCCGAGUCAGUUCUUCCCUACAACGUGUAUAAUAGAAACUACCUCUGUCCCUUCCACCACAACACUGAGGCCCCCGACACCUGCCCCCACACCUCCCCCAGGAUCAUUAUUCGAAAAGUUCGAAGUUAUCUACAAUUCGGUAAAUAAUGUCAUUUCCGUAAACUGGGCUGGGAAAAACUUCAGUAACAACCUUGGUGACGUCACACUCACGUACGGGAUAAUCGGUAUAGGAGACUGCAAGGACCUCAAUUUGACUAAUGAAAUAACGAGAACUGGUGGAAUAGUAGGUGCGUUUACACUAAGUGGACUUUUGCCUAACCGACGCUACAAUGUCAAAGCUGUCAUAGAAGUGUUUGAUUUUAACUCCACAGAAAAUGAUCGAACUAUUUCUAGGAACAUCACAACGCGAGAUGAAUUACCAUGGGGAAGUAUCCAAAACCCAAGAAAAACUAGCUUUAACGCCACCAGUCUGACGCUGGAGUGGGAUCCUCCCGAGUGCGAACAACGAGGGGGUAAACUAGUGGGGUACCAGUAUAUCCUCCGUACUCUUGGAGGUGGACAGCUAGUGGACAAUGGAACAGUUUUACGGCCUCGCGUGACCAUAGGCGGUUUAACUCCCUAUAGUAACUAUACCUUCGCCGUGGCAUAUGAGAACAGUGUGGGGAGUGGACCCUCGAUACAAUUCCCAACCUUCACAGACGAAGCAGAACCUGCCGCACCAGUUAUCACUACCAUUACUCCGGGGGUGAACAACAUUGAAGUCGCAUACACAGUACCCCUCCCAAGUAACGGAAUUAUUCGAGAGUACGAAGUGUCAUUCAGUACAACUUUCGACUUUAAGGACUUCACACACAAAACCAGUUCUGUUAACUCAGUUACCGUUAGUUCCCUCAUCGCCUUCACAACCUACUACAUAAAGGUGCGUGCUAGAACUAAGCCGGGGUUAUGGGGAAAUUACAGUGAUGUGAAUCAGACUCAGACUAAACAGGCAAUCCCCGGCCCUCCCACUAACCUGAUUGUAAACCCUCUGAACGAUACGUGUUUGAAAAUAAGCUGGACUGCACCAAGCUUUCUUGGAGGAAAAAUUAAUAGCUACAAGAUUGUCUGUUCAGCUUCUGACGGUAACACGAUUGUUGAUGAAAAGACCAUAAUAAAACCUAUUGAUGAGGGUACCUCUCAUGAGCAGUGCGGUCUUUUGGUUUACACUCAGUAUAAGAUCGAGGUAUCGGCCAGCACCACAGAAGGAACGGGUGAUCCUGCGAUAGGUUUUGCAAGAACCUACCAAGGAACGCCGGAGGAACCUCCGGCUCCAAGUCUGAAGAAUACCACAGAAUCAACUAUUACUAUUGAGAUUUACCCAUUUAAAAUAGACACGGGGCCGCUCACAGCAUAUCUGAUUAAGGUUGAAAUGAUAUCCUCAUCAGAGAGACGACGAAGGCAAAGUAACCGUGCUCCAGGAUACACCACUGCAAAAUUUAAUGAUUCUGAAAUUAAAACGAGUCGUAUUUUUGUUAUUGGCGACAAUAGAGAUUAUGGCGGGUUUAAAAAUAAACCUUUAGAAAAGAAUAAAGAGUACAAAAUAUACUACGAGAUAGAAAGUACUGUUGGAUCCAAAACGCUAACAAGCUAUUCUCAAAUGCCUACCUCAGCAACCACUAAAUUAAUCGUCACCACGGUUGCCCCUGUAGACCCGGUGAUGGUUCCGGUGACGUCAUCGGACAACACACCAGUGAUUGUCGCCGUGGUAAUUAUUCUCCUGAUCAUCAUAAUAAUCGCUGUAGUUUUCCUGAUACUUUUCCUGCGCUCCAGGACCAAUCGUUUUUCUCCACCACUGUACGAUACGUUUGAAGACGAGAAGAAGGUGGAACUGACCGCUGUUGACGAUUAUAAUGUACAAGAGCACUGGAACACCAUCUAUUCGCUGAGGGAGAGUCGGUACAUUAUUUCUGGUCGAGAUCUUGUUCCAGAUGAUGGAUACCAUGGAACUAUUCUCAACGGGAAUAUUCCAGGUAACAUGACGGCUCAUCCUGUUACUUUUCAACAAGAGUUCCACGAACUCCCUCACCAGCCAUUGGCCUCAUGGAAUGACGCAGUACGAAGCAAAAACUCUAGAAAGAACAGAUUUCGUCACUUGUUACCAUACGACCAUACAAGGGUAGUUCUUGACCCGGAUGAAAACUCUAAUGGUGAUUUUAUCAAUGCUAAUUUUAUCAAAGGUUACAACAGGCCGCAUGGCUACAUUGCCGCUCAGAGUCCCUUUGACGAGGAGACCGUGCUUGACUUCUGGAGAAUGUUGUUUCAGUACAAUAUCAAAGUAGUGGUUAUGAUCACGAAUGUCAUAGAAGAUAAAAUUGUGAAAUGCUCCAAAUACUGGCCAGACUCGGAAUUGGGAAAGGUGAAAUAUGGUAGUUUCACCCUAGCACUUAUUGAUGAGAAAGAAUAUGCUGAUUUUGUUAUUAGGUCGGUUAAAAUAAAAACGACACAUGACGCCCAUACAAAAGUCGUACAUAUCUUUGAUUUUUGUUCUUGGCCCGACCAUGGUGUGCCCGAUGAUACUAUUCCUCUACUCGAAUUUCGACAUAAGGUUCGCGAGUACCAUGGAAAUGACAAGUCGCCUCUCGUGGUGCAUUGUGGGACGGGAGUGAGUAGAACAGGAACUUUUAUUGCAAUUGAUGCCUUAAUAGAGCAAUACGAGGCAGAGGGUAUAAUAAGCGUGUACUCAUUUGUUAAAAGGAUGCGAAAAGACAGAAUAGCCAUGGUGCGGACGGUUAAGCAGUAUAUUUUCAUUUACGAGGCAAUAUUUGAAGCUCGUGUUGCAGGCGACACUCGAGCUGGCUAUGAUCUGAAAGAAAAAUACCACACUCUAACAAUGCGCAAUCCGAAAACAAAACACUCAUUUCUUAGGGACCAGUUCAUAUCUUUGCAAUUGUUUACUCGAAAACCGACUCAAAAAGAGUGUUCAGACUCUCAUAUUCCAAUGAAUUAUUCGAAAAAUCGUUUUCCAGACGUUGUUCCUCCGAACAAACACAGACCCAUCUUGAGAACUCCCGGUGGUCUAGAUCGCACAAAUUAUAUCAAUGCUGUGUUCUUAGAUAGUCAUGAGCUGGAUAAUCAUUUCAUUGUGACACAAUCUCCGCUACAUACCACUGUAAUAGACUUCUGGAAACUCGUAUACGACCUUGGGGUCCAAACUAUUGUAAUGAUGGAGGAGUUUACAAGCGAUGAUGAUACUUCAGCGGAAUAUUGGCCAGAGGACAAGAUCAAGAAAUUCGAACCCUUUUUCGUGGACAACACAAACAUUUGGCAGCAAGAAAACGUAACGAUUCGUCACUUUAAACUCCACAGCAUGUUGAAACCAAAAUCAACUCCUCGUGACGUUCGACAGUUUCAAUUCAAUGCUUGGAGUGAAAACGAUUUCAUUCCUAAGUCAAAAACGAUGCUCUUGGAUCUCAUUGACUUAGUGCGUAGUUGGCAAAGACAAUCCAACGAGAACACGGCACCUAUAGUAGUUCACUGCAAAGAUGGUGCAACUCACAGUGGGCUUUUCUGUGCAGUGUGGACGAUAUGUGAAGCUAUGGAAAUGGACCAUGACGUUGAUGUGUAUCAUACUGUUAAGCACAUGAAGAGGCGUAGGCCGCAGAUCGUUGAUACUCUGGACCAGUACAGAUUUUGCUACAAAGUACUGUGGGAUUAUAUGAAUCUGCGCAUGCCAGGUGGAACUUUGACCAACAUGAUGAAUCAUACGAAACAAGACCGCUUAUACAACGUUGGAAGUCUAAGUUUGGCUUCAUAUACAUCACAUUUAGAAUAUAUGUAAAAAAAACUGUGGUCCAAACCAUACUGUGCUAUAACAGUUUCAUGUGGCAGUUUACAAACGCAUUUAACAAUUUUCAAAAUCAUUCAAGCCAGUUUACAUGUUGAGGUGCUGUUUUCCUAUCUCUAACAAAACGUAGUGCUUCAGAAUGUACAGGGAUUCACACGAUGUAUUUGAAUCAUGGAUAUAUUUUUUUCUUUCAAUUUUCACUUUUGAUUUUAAAGACAAAGAGAUAUGCAGUGAUUUAUGUCUGCCAAAUGAGAUGUGGGUUUUCUUUUCGUAUUUUCUCUGAAUUUUACCGACUCUUCAAAGCUCAUGAAUAUUCAUAAAAUACAUUUUUAGAAUACACAUAUAAAAAACUUUUAUAGCGCUUUUGAAUUUAUAUCUAAAUAGAUGUAUUUAAGCUGCAAUAAAAUUUAUUCAGCUUUACAAUAAAUAUGCACUUGAUAGAUUUCAUAACUUGAAAUAAUGAAUUUUUUUGUUUGCCUUGUGUGUGAUAUUUAAUUAGUGUUGCCGUUAAUUUAUACAUUGUAUGAUAUUGCGAGACUGUGAUAAAUAAAAGCAUGGGUAUUUAUUGUCAAAUUCAA